AUGCAGGCUCUGGAUAUGAUGCUGCAGCUGAACAAACAGAAACAGGCAGCAGCAGCAGCAGCAGCAGCAGUCACUCUACAGCACGAGGAGGAUGAAUCUUCUCACGAUUUUCCAUUCCUGGUUUGUGCCGUGUUUUCUCCAUCGUGUGUUUCAGUUCCUGAGGAUCUGUCCCCGGAGGAGAGGGAUGAGCUGUCAAACAUCCGGCGCAGGAAGAGAGAGCUGCUCGAUGAUAUUGAGAGGUUGAAGUUUGAGAUAGCAGAAGUCAUGACGGAGAUCGAGCAGCUGACGUGUGUCGGAGAAAGUAAAACAACCCAGAGAAACAAACAGAUUGCCAUGGGCAGGAAGAAAUUCAACAUGGAUCCAAAGAAGGGAAUCCAGUUCCUGCUGGAGAACGACCUCCUCCAGCACACCCCCGAAGAAGUCUCCCAGUUCCUCUACAAAGGAGAAGGCCUCAACAAGACGGUCAUCGGAGACUACCUGGGCGAGCGGGAGGACUUCAACCUCAAGGUGCUGUCGGCUUUUGUGGAGCUGCAUGAGUUCGCAGACCUCAAUCUGGUCCAAGCACUAAGGCAGUUUCUGUGGAGUUUCCGUCUGCCAGGUGAAGCCCAGAAGAUCGACCGUAUGAUGGAGUCGUUUGCGUCGCGGUACUGCCAGUGCAACCCGGGGGUCUUCCAGUCCACAG